CCAAAUGAAAACAAACCACACAAAAACACACUCUUAACUGUACCGAAACCCAAAAAAGCUAACAUGAAGACGUAGACAAAUCACUCACCAUACGUUGGAAUCUCCAUGACGUGUAUUCUAAAACUCCCAACCAUUCCAUUCCAUUACACUCUUUCUUUCUCUCUCAUUUCUUUAAUCAUCAAUAUUUUCUCAUCGAACCCAUCUUUCUCCAUGGAAGAAAAGAUCACCACCACCACCACCACUUCCGACCACUACUUUCCCAAGAAAAUGAUGAGAUUUUCCCAUCAGAAACCCUCACGAAGUUGCCCUAGCAGUACCAGUAGUAGCAGUGGUUCUUUAUUUUCCUGCAAACCAAACAGAACCAGUGUCUCUUUACCCGGUGACUACCGUCAUCGUGAUCGUGAUGGUGCUGAUGAUCGGAUCAAGGAGAUCCAGUACUGCAGCAGUGGUCGGGAGAGGUUGAAGCGGCACCGUGAAGAGGUGGCCGGGCGUGUUCUGGUGCCUGAUAAGUGGGGUAAGGAGGAGUUGAUGAAGGACUGGAUCGAUUACUCUUCUUUCGAUAAGCUUUUGGCUCCGACCGGACUCACUUCCGCCCGUGAAGCUCUCGUCGUCGACGCCGGACGACGUCGUAAUGGUGCUUCUUCUUCUUCUACUCAACCUUCUUCACCUACUGCUAGGAUAGAGAACAGGUGUUAUUAAUUGAGAUCAUAUAAAUAAUUAAAUAAACCAUUAAUUAACUUAAUUAAUUAAUUAUAUAGAGUUAAUAUAUGAGAAAUUUGUGAAAAUAACCUAUUUUUUUAAUUGAUUUUGCACUCUGGUUUGUUUUUGAUAAUUUUUUGCGAAAUGUUCUUUGUUUAAAAUUCGACUACAUGUCUAAAUUUUUCGACCAAUUGUCCAAUAUUUUCGACCGAUUGUUUGAAUUUUUCGACCAGCUAUCUAAAUUUUCGACCCGUUGUCUGAAUUAUGAGAGACAAUUUUGUAAAAAAUUAUUAAAAUUAGACUAGAGUGCAAAACGACUUUAAAAAAAUAGAUUAUUUUGCUAAAUUGCUCUUAAUAUAUAUAUAUAUGGUAUAAAUAGAUAAUUUUGUAGUUUCCGAAAAAUAAUUAUAUUAUUAUAUAUAGAAACAAUUUAAUAAUAAUUUGAAAAACCCUACAAAAUAUGUAGAUUAAUUAAUUUUAGUUGUGUUAUAAUUUGUUUAUCAUUAAUUAAUAAUCUCCGACGUAUAUGUUUAAUUAGGUAAAUCUACCAUUUUUGGGAGAGGUUUAUGGCUUUAUUUAUUUAUAUUUUUUUUAUAGAUUAUUAUAUAUAUUAAUUGAGCAUAUAUAUUGGAUCGUUUUCAAAAUUAUAUCGAUUUUAAUUUGGUUGAUAUUAUAUCGUGGAAAACAAAAAUGAUUAUUUGAUUUAUAUUAUUCACUCUCAAAACUUCACAUGUAUAUAUAUAAGAUUAUACCUAUAAGUACGUGUACGUAGCAGCUGUGGAAUAUUUUAACAUGCAUUUCUGUUCUGGGGAAAUUCAUGAAAUAAAUAAUACUAGCCAUAUAACUUUUUUUUUUAUUGUUUUUCACAAAAAUAAUACAAAUUUAUUUAAAAUGACCUAAAUACCCUUAUAAUCUUAACACAAAAAAACAAAGAGCAUAGCCGUGUAUUUCAAUUUUUCUCUCUUAUCAUCUUCUCUUCUGUCUCAAAUCGUCAUAAUAGAUCCAUUGGUAAAUUUUGAAGGACAAAGAGAAACUCAUGCUCGAUAGUUUUGACAUCAUAUUUUAAAGGUUGUUAGAAGUUUUGUAAGAGGGAGGAGUUCCUAAAGCUACUAUAAUAAGUAAUAUUGUUACUUAUCACUAAUGAGUGUUUUAUAAAAUAAAUUUAUAUAUGUAAUUUUUGAGUUGUUUUGGACUUGAAAAUCAAUUAAAAAAAUUAUUUUUGUGUUGAGGUGACGAACUUCUUUAUGAAAUCUAUGAUUCGGGAUUUUGUGUUUCGAACGUGAUGUGGAUAAGGUUCCGAUCUCGUUCAGGUUGGCCCCUACCAAGUCCGAACAUAGUCUAAUAACUAGGUCCGAACCAAAAAUCUUGAAUCACAUAUUUCAAUUGAGAGUUCAUCAUUUCAACUUUUUUUUAUCAAAUCUCAACCCAGAACAACUUAAAAUAUACACAAACUACUUUACAACAUACCCAUAAACUAUACAUAACAAUAUUAUGCACCCAUUAUUAACUCCUUCAAAUACUCAUUAUGGUAGUUAGGUCAUUUUAAGUGGGUUUGGGGUUAUUUUGAUGAGAGACAAUAAAAGGGGUGUAGGAAAACUCUUAUGUUUUCUGUGGUCAAGAUUCUUAGAAUUUAAUCAACAAUGACAUAAACAAUUUCAAUAACUAAUAUAUCAUAUUAGUAUAUAUUAGUUAUAAGGAAAUGUUAGUAAUCAAAAGUCAAAUGCAGAAAAAUAUAAGGGAGAACACUCAGAAAUUUUAUACAGGUUCAAACCAGAUCAAUCUGGCCUACAUCCUGUUUGAUCCACUAUCAUCAUCAUCAUCAAUUGAUGCAAUCUCUGAAUACAAUUACAGUAAAGAAUAAACACUUCCAGGACUCCUAAGAACCUUUCUCUUUCUAAGGUUUUAAUCUCAAACACUUUCUAACAGUUGUGUUUUCACUCAAAUUCUCUUUCUUUGUAUUCUCUCUUUCUCUCAAUACAACUUAUCUCCUCUCUCUUAAAAUAAUGAAAGACAAUAAUAUAUAUAGGCUGCCAAGUUAGUUGACAACUAAUAACUAAUACAGUUAGGUUUGUUAUGAUUUGUAGGAAAGAUCUCCACAAGGGGUAUAUAUAUGGUUAGUAUUAUUGGUAUCAUGAGGAUUAUUUCAUGAAGUUUAUGGAUUUUUUAAACAAGCUUCUUUGAGCUAAAAUAUUUAUGGUUAUUAGGCAUCUUUUUUUUUUCUUUUUGUAAAAAAGUAGAAUUUUUUUGUUAUAUACUAUAGAUUUUGUUCUAUAUGUACUUAGAUUAAGAGAUUUAAUGUACUACGAAAUUAUGUUUUCAAUAAUUAAUAACUAUUUGAUCAA